CGGCAUUGAAUAUGAACACACACACACUCAUACUGCAGAACCUGCACUAAGCCUACAGCGGGAACAUCUUUGUACAUGACAUAGCUGACUGAUUAAAGAUGAAGGCGCUGCAGGUAUUGCUCGUUGUUCUCCUGGGUGCUCCAGCUGCCAGCGGUCAGUCCUUCCACCUUGGUAGCUGCCCCAGUCCGCCGGUUCAGAACAACUUCAACAUUUCAAAGUACAUGGGCACAUGGUAUGAGAUCGAGAAGCUCCCUGCUGUCUUUGAGAAGGGAAAAUGUCAUCAGGCAACAUACACCCUCCUCCAUGACGGGACGGUCAGCGUGCACAAUUCAGAACUACUAACAAAUGGGCAGGUAAAUUCCAUUGAGGGUGUGGCCAAAGUCAAGGACCCGUCUAAAUCGGCUGUUCUGGCUGUCAGCUUCUUCAAAGGUGUUCCUGAUGAUCCUUACUGGAUCCUGUCCACAGACUACCAGACACAUGCUCUGGUCUACUCCUGUUCUGAGUACCUGGGCCUUUUCCAUAUCGACUUCGCCUGGAUCCUGGCCCGCACACGGACGCUGACUGAUGAUGUCGUCAGACAGCAGCAUGACAGGCUGGCUGCUGCAGGCAUUGACAUAAGUCGCCUCAUUGUCUCCAACCAGACAGGCUGUGGUGCCCUGGGCUCGGGAAAGGGCUAGUAGGGUUCAAAAAGUGAUCUGUAACCAAGUACAUGUCAGCUGUAUGCAAAUGUAACGUGAACUCUAACAUUAUGUAAUACUUGAAUUUCAUGUACUUUGAGAUUGUUGUUAACUGACUGUGAGGCACCCGCUUAUUUACACAGCGUUAUUUCACGCUUUGUCAGAUUCAAACUUCUCCAAUCCCCUUCCUUCUGUAUUUGUCCACGUGCAAAGUAAAACCAUCAAACUGAAAUAAACCUUUUAUGCUUUC